AUUGAGCUUCCAAUCACUCUUUUCCAUGAAUCCAUGCAUGAAUACUAAUUAAGCCAAGUCUUCUCCACCCCCUUUGCAUCCAUCUUUCUCUUAUCCCUUCCCUCCUUCCUCCUCUAUUUUCUCAUGGCCGCCAUUCAUCAUCAAUGAUUCAAUCUUCCCCAUUCUUAUUAUUUUUCUCAUUUACUUUCUUAUUUCUUUUAGGGUUUUGACAUAAAAUAAUCCAUAUAUACUUUGAUUUUCCCAGAAAACUGUAUCUUCUUAUCCUCCAUGUAUCAUGGAAAACAACUUUGAGAACCCUUUCCAUGGAGACAGUCAAGUUGGACAGGCGGUUCUGGAACCAACGAGGCGGUCUAGUCCACGAACACCGCCAUUCCCCUAUUCAUCGCUGCCUUUUGCUUCAUCCAACGCUAAGUCUCCAACACCCAGCCCUAGCCCGGUUGUCAUUCCACCGGGUCACAACAUUGUGGCACCAACCUUAACUGAGCCGGUCUGGGAAACCGUACAGAGGGACAUAUCGCGAAUUCUGAGCAAUUUGAAGCUUGUUUUGUUCCCUAAUCCUCACCGUGAAGACCCCGGGAAGGCCUUGAGGGAUUGGGACCUCUGGGGGCCGUUCUUCUUUGUCAUCUUCCUCGGUCUCACCUUGUCCUGGUCUGCAUCCAUAAAAAAGGUGAGUACCAUGCCUUCAGAAAUGGCGAAAAUAUCUUGA